UUCUGUCCGACGCCGGGGCGCCGCCGGCCGCUCUGUCCCGGUUCCCUGGGAGACGCGCUCGGUGCGGGGCUUGGCCCAUUGGUGGCGCAAGCGGCGGGAGAUGCAUCCCAUCGUCCAUCUCGGCCUCUUCCUCUUCUGUGUCACCAAAGGAGUUUGGUGCUUGGACUGCUUCAAGUGCUCCUCCCGGAACCACAGCGACUUGGCCUGCGAGGAUCCUUUCCAUAAUAACUACUCGGCAGCGAUGCUCGAGUCGCCCUGUAUGGCGUCGCGAAAGAAUCGCAAUGGACUCUUUCCAGCCACCGCCUGCAUCAAGCUCAACGGUGUCUACGAGGAAACGGGGGAGACCAUGGUGAUCCGCAGCUGUGCUCUCGACAGCGGAACCCUGACCGUGGACACCGAGAUUGUGAGGAUGAGCCAUUGCGGCGGUUUCUACUUCGAUGACCACUACGUUAGAGGCUGCCUACAGAGCUGCUUCGAGGACGCGUGCAACGCCGCCGUCGACAGAACGACGCGUACCACGACCGUCUUCUGUCUGUUCUGGACUCUUCUGACCACCUUCGGGGUAGCUGCCAUCUUGGGUCCGCGGUGUCUUUAGUGAAUGGCGCUUUAGCGAGUGAAGCUUCGGUCGUCAUGCGCUUACGCGUGCCUCACAUAGGCAGUGAGGCUGUCGCAUGGUUCGGUGCUUUGGCGCACGCAUAUUUCCGUGGUGAAACUCGGGCUUUAUCGGACUAAAGGGACAGCUGACAAUGUUAUUCGGCGUGAAUAACAUUGCUCGUUUCGCACGCAGAUUCAGUACCCAAGAAC